UUUUGAUUUGUUUGUUACCUAAUUAGCCACAUAGACACAUUUUUACUUGGUGAAAAUAAAUACCGGAUUCUGGAUACUUUAUCUAGUAUCAUUGCUUGAUAAUGUUUUUAUCUUCUCAGAAUAUUUUAGAUAUAGUAUUAAACGGACAAAUAAUCAUGUUGCCUACUACUAAGGGGUCGUUACUAACUUUAUUUUUACUCACUAUUUGUAACCUUUUAUGUGAGAUAUCGGCAGAAGCAAAAUUCAAUGACAUUCGGUGUCGCUGCACUUGCAAACAACUUAUUGCUCUCAAUAUUCCGAGAAAGGUUUAUACAAAAGAUGCAGUUCAAGAAAAAUGUAACUGUUUAGAUGUUGUCGUUCCGGAAUUGAAUUGGGCAAAUAUAUCUGGCGUAAUGCUGGAACAAUACUGCCUCUUGUGUCAGUGUAAAUAUGAAGUACGAAGCACUAAGACUAUGGAGGUUGUUGUCCUGAUGUAUCUGAUUUUAAUUGGAAUAUUAUUCUCAUAUUUGGCAAUUGUUGGAUUAGUUGAUUUUAUCGGUAAAAAGCGGAAACGAGAACAAGGAGUUGAAACUCAGAAUUUAGUCAGUGAAGAUCGACCUUCGACUUCAUCUGAAACUGCCGAAAAUAUGCGCUUUCGCAGCCAUCGGAGGCAGCAUAGUUCUACAAGUUCAAUGAUGAUGAAUCGACUAACAAACGCACAAGUAGAGUGGAAGCGACAACUAAAAAGCCAACGGGAUAAAGUCUUUGAGAGUAGAAAUAUUCUGCAAUGAUGGGAAAAAGAUUGCACGAAUUCCUCGUCAAUCAAAGGUUGAAUUGAUUGGAUUGAUUGAACACAAAAAUAAUCCAGACUACUUGAGAUUGAUAUAAGAAAGUGGUUCCUCAUACUCAUUUUUCUAUUUUUCACAAUAUGUGUAUGCAAGUCUAGGUAAUAAAGGCUUGUGUUAGAGUCCAAAUCAAUGGGCCGACACCUCUUUGUUACCCCCUAUUUUUUGCAUCGGACUGUUUAGUAAUUCUCGACCCGGUGACGAGACUAUAGACUCACUUACUAUCAUAUGAUUAAGCCCUCUUUUUCUGGACUAACAUGAAGAUCAUAUUAAAGCAAUUCUAUAAAACCUCAUUCUUAAGGUCUAAAACUCCUCUAGGUUUUUUACUAAGAACUUAGACUUGCAGUUUUUUUUUGUGAUUCCUGUGCACAAGUUAUUUAUGAUUUAUUUAUUUUUUUUGUUUCGUGCAAUAGUCAACUUAUUUUAGCAGCAAGUUGUUUUAGUUUGUUUUUCAGUCAAGAUGGUUAUCCAAGAUUAUACCAAUAAACAGUAUUUUCUGGUUAUUAAGUCGCUUCCUUCGACUCAAUUUUUUGGCCUGAUUUUAGGCGGGCUGUCUAAUUGGGUGGCUAUUAUUUUAUUUUUUCUUGCUUCUUGGGGUCUUUUUUACGCACAUAAAAUUAUUAGUGCAUAUUGUUGCUAACUAACCAACAGAGAAGCAAUUUCACUGUCCGUUUUUAUUGGAGGUUAUAUGGAAAACAAACACUUAAAAAUCAUUAUGUGAGUAACAAGUGUCAGUGGCUGUCUGCUACUCUUCUAUCUCUAAUCUAAUUUCUCGUGAGGGCAAUAUUGUUUUGAUUAAACCUGAAUUGAAAGCUAUUUCACCUUUGGGAAUCAAUGAUGCUUGAAUAGUUUCUGGGUCAUUACUUCCUGGGGUCAAAUCUUGUGUAAAAAAA